UAUUUAAUUGCAGCUUGGAGAGAAAAAUUAAACUUGAAGUAACUGGACAAUUUUCAAAAGUAGCAAAUCUUUGGUGUUCAAAACGCCAACUUACAGUUAACUAUAUAGUUCUUCCAAAUAUCGAUAACAAAUCUGUAUAUAAUUGAACUCAAAGGUAGGUUACAAAUACAAAACGAUGAGAUCAAUCGUUUUAUUCGCUCAAGUAUUAUCAACUGUUUUGGCUCAAAGGUGGCCAUGUUGGCCAACAGAAUUUAAAUGGAGCUACACAGGAAAAGUUGAUGGGUACAACUGCACACAAAUUAAUGAGCCUCUGAUGCCCCUGCAUUACUUUUGGUAUGACAACCACUUUUGUGUAAAAUCAGGACCUGGUUUGAAGCAGGUUGGAAUGAAGUUCAAAAACAGUGGGCCAGAUCCAACCAUGCGUUGUGUCAAAGUCAAUGAACCUUCAGAUCCGCACACGUGGUACGACAACUACAUAUGUGUACCUAAAGAAACCCCAUACGAUUUUUCUUGGUCGUAUGCUGGUUGCAAAAAGGGCGAAUACUGCAUCCAGUGGAACGAACCUGCUACGUAUAAAUACACAUGGUAUGAUAACUUUAUUUGCCACGACAAAUACGGUUCUUGUGACCUUGGAGGAUCAGGAAAUAAGACAUACUGCAGCAGCGGAAGACUCUCUGGUGGUUGCCUGUUCACAAGUUUGAUUAUAUUGGGUUCAGUGUGGAUUUUAGGUUUUAUUCUCUAAAUGUGUUUAAAGGAGACAUCUUUUAGUUGACACCGAGGAGGAUCUGUACUUUCUUUAUUGUUGUGUCAGCAAAAUGCGGGCAGUGAUUUAGCUUAUAAUUUUCUAUUUCUAUCCUCCUGGGUGACAUAACGGUAAAUGCAUUUACUACCAAAUUUCCGAGUCUGUGUAACAUUUAUUAUGUAGCUUACUAUAAAAUAAACAUGUAUUUUUCUGGUAAA